GGCGGCUAGGAACCCUCUCCGCGCCGCGUCCCAGGGGAUGCGGCGGGCCCCUGACUGGGUGCAGCGGGAGGCCGCCCCCCGCAACAAGUGCCGGGUGCCAUGGCAACGGCGGGAAUUUCCCGGUCAGGGAGGCCGGAAGCAGCACCCGCCGGGCUCGCGGCAGCCAAAGCAAAAUCCGAUCUCUCUCACGGGCGAGCAAAAUGGACGAAAGGCGACCACCAGGAAGGGGCGCUGGGUGCCUUGGGAAUCCGAGGAAUCCCUUCUCUUUGCCAGUCGGAGGGGACUAGAGGGCGCCGAAGGGGCCGAAGAUCGGCCGAGCGCUGCCCCCAGGGGUCGUCGGCGCCGGGCGCAGCUGACCAGCGCAGCGCAGCGCAGCGGGCUCCCUUCCCAGCCGCCGCCGCUCAGCCCAUUGCGCAAACCCGGCGGAUCCAACCAACCCCGCUCUGCAGCUGCUGCUGGAACCCAGGAGGCGUGCUUGGAGGUUUUGGGCACUACGCGGGACUGGAAAUACCACGUACUGUCCUUUCGCCUAGACCCCCGCUCGGGCCACGCGGGUUCUGCCCUCAAAGCUGGUGGCUGCUCCAGACUUGCGGGUGGGGGGAGGGGAAGGGGAGAGGCUGGCGCCCCCUCCCCCUUUUAGCUUCCGCGGUUGCAGCAGCUGUUGCCAAAUGAACCCCAGAAUGGGGACGUGCGACGCUCCACCCCACCCCCAGCCACACACGUCGCGGUCAGAAAACUGGGAAGGGGGCGCUGGGUCCAAGGUUCUGGAAAAGCAAGAACUCACCUGCAAACAGGCAGUCCUUCUCAGCUCUGGACUUCUGGAUCACGACGUCGAUAUCCUUCUGAAUUCGCUCUUGCCUUGAACACAUCCCCAUUAAAUAAAUCCCUGGAAAAGAAGCAGCCGCUAUUUCCACCCCACCCCCUCCUCGCACGCUUCCAGCUUUCGUAAAUAUUCAGUUAAAAAUGAAACCUCUGGCCGAGGCAGGGGCUGAAAGCGAAGUGGUUUCGGAAGUGAUCCUGGGUGAGAGAAGAGGAGGAGGUGAAGGAGGAGGAGGAGGGGGGGGAGGUCGGCUUUGCAUUCCCAGAUGUGACCGCCCAGCUGCUGCUCGCCGCUGCUGGAUUCCAAUUUCCUCCCCUUCUGACAAUGGAUGGUGAUGACACUGAGUCUCACUUUCUCCCUCCCCCGCCCGGACCAACGGCCGUGGGGGGCCGAGGGUGCGGGGGACGGCCGGAGAGCGAUCACCGGCGGGCGCCGGCGAGGGGCGAGCCCCGCUCCGGCUCACGCGCGCACACCCCUCACGGCCCGCACGCCGGCCUUCCACACCCGCGCACACUCGCGCCCGCGGGCGGCGGCGGCCGUGCCCAGGCUGCUGCAGCGCCGCCCGCCCGCCGCAGACCCUCCUUGCCCGCCGCCUAGUCACCCGGCCCGGCUGCGGGCCGCCAGGGCUCGUAGAGUAUCAGCCAUCCCGGGCGGGAGCCGCGUGUCCCCACCCCGACCUCCACUCGUGCUGAGAGCUGAGCGGCAGUGUAGGUAGUGAAGACUCCCUGGGGCUCCCAGCCUUCCCUCUCCGCACCCCUCCCCCCAUCACUUUUAUGAAUUCGACUCCACUUUCUAAAGGAAUUAUGAGUCAGGUGGCAAACCCAAACCGGAGUGGCUGGGAAGGGAAAAGGGGGGAAAAGAAAAUAUUGAAAAAUU